AUGAUUGAACAAGAAGAACUGCGUCCUCUCUACAACCCUUGGGGGCCCACUACAACGACCAUCAAGUCCAACCGUCUUGUUUCUCACACAUAUGACUCUAUCAUCUUCUACCGAUGGACUUCGCCGGAUGGGGUGUUCGAGCGUGGCCGCAUUAUGGCGCGCCUUGUUGCAGAGAUGAUGGAGAAAAACAGGCGACGAGUUUGGUUGGAUCAGUGGGAGAUGAGACGGGACACGACCUCCGAUCAAGUAGUACGGCAAAUUUCCGACAUCUUCCUAUGUAUACCAAAAGUCAUCAUUCUGGCAGCCCCGGGGGAUUGGGAUCGCUUCACCAAUGCCGAUGAUAUCCAUCGAUGGGAGUGGGAAUUAAGCUUACAAAGUGACAAGAAGAUCUGGAUCCUGCGGUAUGGGGUUCCUGAGACGACGCAGGCACCUUCCAAGGAGCAGUUGGCGGCGGACCUACGACAUCACAGCACCCGUCUAGCAGACCUGGCGAUGAAAGGAAAUAUUCAGGUGCGGGUCUUAACGAUGGAUAACCUAAACAGUGUUCUGAGUGAAUUAGCAUGA